UGUUGGUUCGUUGCUCAACUCAACUCAAUCAAACAACCCCCAAAUUUCCUCUAAACUUGAAAUCAUUUUCUUCUUCUUCUUCUCCUACUGUUGUAUAUAUAUAGAUAUACGCAUAAAUGGAGAGAGAAGGCAUGGUAGAUGAACAAACAUCGAUUCCUCUGCUUAUCAGAGAAAACCCAGAUCAUGUUGCUUCAUCCUCUUCUUCUGCCACACCUAUGCUUCUACUCACCACUUUCAUCGCUGUCUCUGGUUCUUAUGUUUUUGGCUCUGCUGUGGGAUUUUCAUCGCCUGCUCAGUCUGGAAUCAUGGAUGACCUUGGCCUCUCUUUGGCACAGUAUUCAGUUUUCGGUUCAAUAAUGACUAUUGGAGCAAUGGUGGGUGCAGUAAUGAGUGGGAAGCUAGCAGAUCUCUUUGGCCGGAGGGGUACAAUGGGAUUCUCAGAGAUAUUCUGCAUCAUAGGGUGGCUUGCAAUAGUAUUAUCAGAGCGUGCUUGGAGCCUCGACCUUGGAAGACUAUCUCUGGGAUAUGGAAUUGGGCUUCUUUCAUAUGUGGUACCAGUAUAUGUAGCAGAAACAACACCAAAGAAUCUUCGAGGAGCAUUCACAGCGGUUAAUCAGUUCAUGAUAUGUUGCGGUGUAUCAAUAAUGUAUCUCAUUGGAACUGUCAUCAACUGGCGUAUCUUGGCUGCAAUUGGAGUUAUUCCGUGUUUAAUACAACUUGUGGGUCUAUUCUUCAUUCCGGAGUCUCCUAGGUGGUUGGCAAAGAAUUCUCGGUGGUUAGAUUGUGAAGCUGCAUUACAGCGCCUUAGGGGAAAGAAAGCAAAUAUUUCCGAAGAAGCUACUGAAAUUAGAGUUUAUACAGAAACCCUUCAACAGUUCUCGGAAGCUAAAAUAUUUGAUUUGUUCCAGCGGAAAUAUGCUCACUCCCUCAUUGUUGGAGUUGGACUUAUGGUAUUGCAACAAUUUGGAGGGGUCAAUGGGAUUGCAUACUAUGCGAGUGCUAUUUUCGAAUCAGCUGGCUUUUCAAGCAGAAUUGGGACUAUAGGGAUGGUGGUGGUUCAGGUUCCUAUGACGUUGGUCGGUGUCCUCUUAAUGGAUAAAUCUGGACGAAGACCGCUCCUAAUGAUUUCUGCAGCGGGAACAUGCUUGGGCUGCUUCCUCAUUGGAUUGUCAUUCCUGUUGCAGGCCCUUGAAUUGUGGAAGGAAGUCACUCCAAUCUUCGCACUGGUUGGUGUACUGGUGUUUACAGGAUCUUUCUCUCUAGGCAUGGGGGGAAUUCCUUGGGUUAUAAUGUCAGAGAUAUUUCCUAUUAACAUGAAAGGCUUGGCUGGAAGCCUUGUAACGGUGGUUAACUGGCUCGGGUCUUGGAUUGUUUCAUAUGCCUUCAACUUCUUAAUGGACUGGAGCUCAGAAGGAACAUUUUUCACAUUCUCAAUCGUAUGUGGUUUAACUGUCCUGUUCGUUGCGAAGCUGGUUCCAGAGACGAAAGGUCGGACUCUGGAAGUUCAAGCAUCGAUGAAUCCAUUUACUGCAAAGAGAUAGGCUUGGCAGGCCUGUAAAAGAGUAACAUACAUGUUCUGCAAUUUCAUCGAUUGAUCAUGGAUGGAUAGGUAAAUUGUGAUUUAACUUCAAGGAUUGACAACCGGUUUUCACCAAAUUACACAAUUGGCAGUCAUAACCUAAACUCUAACUUGUGUCUAAUGAUUGAUUGAUCUAUUUUGAAUCUGCUUUCCUCAUUAUUGAACUUAAGCCAUUCUCAGAAGAGGUUGGUAUGUUGUCUAUUUGUGGGCCUUCUCGCCGGUGUGUUACUAAAUCUUUAUAACUUUGAUUGGGCAUUCAUCAAUUGUUUUCCACAUUUUGCUUUUGUUUGA